GAAGAUGAACUUUGAGAGUUUCUCAGUUUCUGAAGAUCAUGCAGAUGAACGUCAAUACUGGGGUUCAGAGCUCCAGCUACCUACUCUAAGUUUUGAAGAUGUUUUAAAAAAUGAUGAACAUGCAUACAAGUGGCUCUCCAGCCUCAAGAAAGUAGGCAUUGUGCGACUCACCGGAGCAUCUAACAAGCGAGGAGAAGUAACAAAACUUGGGAAAAGGAUUGGUUUCCUCUAUCUCACAUUUUAUGGACAUACUUGGCAAGUGCAAGACAAAAUUGAURCAAACAAUGUGGCUUACACAACUGGGAAGCUAAGCUUUCACACAGAUUAUCCAACCCUCCACCAUCCACCUGGGGUUCAGCUUCUGCACUGCAUAAAACAAACAGUCACAGGGGGUGAUUCAGAAAUUGUAGAUGGGUUUAAUGUGUGCCAAAAGCUCAAGGAAAAAAAUCCUCGGGCAUUCCAGAUUUUGUCUUCCACCUUUGUGGACUUUACAGACAUUGGAGUGGAUUACUGUGAUUUCUCUGUACAAUCUAAACACAAAAUUAUAGAGUUAGAUGACAAAGGCCAAGUGGUUCGCAUCAACUUCAACAAUGCAACUAGAGACACGAUAUUUGAUGUACCUGUUGAGAGAGUUCAACCUUUUUAUGCUGCUCUAAAAGAGUUUGUUGAUCUCAUGAACAGCAAAGAAAACAAGUUUAUCUUCAAGAUGAAUCCAGGUGAUGUGAUUACUUUUGAUAAUUGGCGCUUACUUCACGGCCGACGCAGCUAUGAAGCAGGAACUGAGAUAACCCGCCAUCUGGAGGGAGCCUAUGCUGAUUGGGAUGUGGUGAUGUCAAGGCUUCGCAUCUUAAGGCAGGGCGUUGCUAAUGGGAACUGAACCUUGUGUCUCUAAUUUUAAUAAGAUUUCAGUGACUGCAUUUAUAAGAUAUGUCACGGUUAUUCAAAAGAUCACCAUCUGUAUGGUUCACAUAUCAAUUUAGCACUGAACAUGUAACUCCCUCACAACAGUACACUGUUGCUUGUAAUUCUACUCAAUGUCAGCCU